AUGGUAGGAGAUUCCGGGAGCUGGUUGCCGAAGUAUUCGAGGAAGUUGCUCAGGCAACUUGCCGACGAAGUCAUGGAAGCGGGCGCCUUCAAUCUCGAUGACAAGGAAGUUAACCAGCUCAUCGCCACUUCUUUAAGCUCGGAGGCCAUCUCAUCCAUCUCCAGCCUUCAGAAGCCAGCCAGAUGGCUACAAGACCGCCUUGAGAAAUCGGCCCAGCAGUUUCUUAAGAAGUUGGCCACGAAGCUGUUGCAAGAUAGCGUGGAGAUCUUGAACGGGGCCAUUGCGUCGCUUGAUCUGGAGAAACUUCGGUCUGACCCUACAAGCACUGCCAGCCAGUCGCGCAGCUUGGUGAAGUAUUUGGAUUAUCUGGGAUGCCUGGAUGGGGAAAAGCUCGACGAGCCUGCUAAGUGGCUCCCGAGAGUUCUCGACAAGCUGGCUGUGGCUGGAAAGAAGCCUCUUCAGCCCUUGUGGAAGGCGAUGGUCUCGAACAUGCCGGAAGACAUAGCGAAGUACUUGGAACGAUGCUCCAUGGAAAGUUUCUUGCCGAUCUUCCAGCGUAUUUAUUUACUGUCUUCCGAUGACGAGCUCACACUCGAGCACUUUCCGCGGCUGCUGCUGAAGUGCACCCUGUUGUGCCUAGAAAAGGAUGGCAUUCUGGACUCCGACCCUGGGACGUAUCGUCUGGGCACACGUCUGUUGCUGGAGCCGUUGCUGAACUGGAUUGUGACCAAACCGGAGAUGUUGAAGGGACUGCAGGGCGCACAUCCUUUCGAGCUUGAAAGCACGUUACGGGAGAUGCGGGAAAAGGUCAGAGAAUGGGCUACGCCAAAGCUCGGCCAUCACGUGAGUAGCAUGCAUGCCGACUACCUUGACGUCCUUUUGAAUACGAUCGACUUGAGCGAUCUCCUCGCAAAAGGAGGCACUGCUUCAGGAUGCCUUGGUCUGAAGACCUUUGCCCAGAUGCUGGUGCGGCUUCCAGCCCACCUCCAGGGCCUUGGCCCUCUUUGGGGCGCAGCCAAGGCUGCGCUGUGCAACCAGGACUCUAUGCAGCUGGCCAGAACCUACUGGAGAUCACUCCAGCAACUACAGCUGCCGGAAGUGGGUCCAUUGCUCCAGUCAAUCGUCCAUGCACACGCCUCACCAGAAGAACUGUUGGCAAGUCCUGGUCACGGGGAUGGUCUUGCGAUGCUUUGUGGCAGCCUUUUGGUGACGUGCAGUGAGCAGAUCCAGCGCGCAGCACGGACACAUCAUUUCCUCUUUGACACCAAGAUCCUGGAAGCCCUCAUGACGUCAGCUCACUUCCUUCGCAUUCAGCAGUUCAUGAAGAUCGAGCCGAAGUGGUUUUUUGCGAAGCUCAGAGACCUUGUGUCGAAAGACGUUGAGCAGCAACUGAAGAAGUUCCACCUGUCCCAGGGGGACCUUCUGCCCUUGCUCCUCCUGGGUGGGCAGGGCAGUGUGGAGCCGCUCCAAAGUACCAGGUGCCAUGAGAUUUUGAGGCAGCUUGUGAAGCUAUAUCGGCUGGAUAUGGACAAGGGACCCCAGCAGGGGAAGAACCUGCAAGUUCAGGUGCAGCAAGUUCAGUUGCAGCAGAAGAUGGAGGACUGGCUGAGGGAACCCGAGGCCAAGGUGAUUCUCUUGUUGUCGAUGCGGAAGAAGAUGUCUUCCUGGGAUGUGGCUUGGGAGGACAUGCAGGGGGUCAUCCAGGCGUUGGAUUCCCUUGACAAGCAGGUGCUGGAGAUGGUGGAAAAAGCUGACGACUCUUGGGUGAAGCUUCUAGGUCUUGAGCAGGGGGGAGCAGCCUCCCGCAGCGCCAAGUUGCUUUGCCUGGCCAAGCGCCGUACGGAGCUCAAGCAGGCGCUGGAGCUUGCGGACCCGUGCCUCAGCUGGGCUCGCUUCCGGGAUCGGCUCGCACAGUCCAGCCUCUCCCCGGCGGCCCUCCGGAAGGCCGAUGCCAAUCGGCUCGUUCAGCAAUUUCAGCACUUGAGCCGCGGCAGGGUGAGGUGA